GUCUUGCACUCAGAGCAUCCUCCCGUCAUGGCGUCUGUUAGGGCUAAAAUCUUCGUUAACCUACCGGUUCUGUCUAUUUUCUUCCUCUUGCUGCUAUGUCUGCCAUCCGGGGGAGGACAAAAGAAGAAGGAGAAUCUGCUGUCAGAGAAGGUAGACCAGAUGAUGGAGUGGUCCUCUCGGCGUUCCGUCGUCCGGAUGAACGGGGACAAGUUCCGUCGCUUCGUCAAGGCCCCUCCCAGGAACUACUCUGUCAUCGUCAUGUUCACCGCCCUGCAGCCUCAAAGGCAGUGCUCUGUCUGCAGGCAGGCGAAUGAGGAGUACCAGGUUCUUGCAAACUCAUGGCGUUACUCAUCUGCAUUUUCCAACAAGCUCUUCUUCACGGUGGUGGACUAUGAUGAGGGGGCUGAUGUUUUCCAACAGUUGAACAUGAACAGCGCUCCAACCUUCAUGCAUUUCCCGGCGAAGGGAAAGCCCAAGAGAGCUGAUACUUUUGACCUGCAAAGGAUUGGAUUUGCUUCAGAGCAGCUGGCCAAGUGGAUUGCAGACCGCACAGAUGUUCAGAUCCGUGUCUUCCGACCCCCUAACUAUUCAGGGACUAUUGCUCUGGCUCUGUUAGUGUCUCUGGUAGGAGGUCUGCUGUAUCUGAGAAGGAACAACUUGGAAUUCAUAUACAACAAGACUGGAUGGGCUAUGGCUGCACUGUGUGUAGUGUUUGCAAUGACAUCCGGUCAGAUGUGGAACCACAUACGAGGUCCUCCCUACGCCCACAAAAAUCCCCAGAAUGGACAAGUGAGUUAUAUUCAUGGCAGCAGUCAGGCUCAGUUUGUGGCUGAGUCCCACAUCAUCCUUCUUCUGAAUGCUGCAAUCACCAUGGGGAUGGUGCUGCUAAAUGAAGCUGCCACCUCCAAGGGAGAUGUUGGCAAGAGGAGAAUCAUCUGCCUGGUUGGCCUUGGCCUGGUGGUGUUUUUCUUCAGCUUCCUGCUUUCCAUUUUCAGGUCCAAGUACCAUGGGUACCCCUACAGCUUCCUUAUUAAGUGAAGAAGAAACCUGAAGAGGAUAUCAGACAGUGGUGAGGAGUCGGUGGGUAAAGAGAAAUGGAGUCAAGAAGAUACUUGAAGAGGAGGCAGCGUCAAUAUUGAAUCUGGAGUUACUUUUUUUUAAGUGUGUUUGUCUUUCUGUUAACUCCUACCGUCAAAUCUGCAAGUUAAAAGAAAAUCAAUUAUUAUUUCUUGCACUGAAACAUCAAAGUGUUUGACAUGUCUUUGUAUUUUAGUCUUUUUUUAUGUUCCCUUUUAGUUGUUGAAUUAUGUGGGACUAGAUAAUUCCUGUGUCUGUGAUAUGCUGUUUUUUAAUCUUAUAUUAGAUAUUAUUUAUGAAAGCUGUGUUGCAGGUCAAGAGAAGCAGCAGGUUGGAAAGAUCGCUAACGUGAUGAAAGUUGAACCAAGGGACCAAUAACUGAAGUUCCUUUGAUUACUUAUGAGAAUGGUUUAUUAACCAGUUUAAAAAUCUCUGUAAAUGAUAUCCUUGCAGGUAACUGUCAGGUCUCUUAUGGUGACAAGACAUUCAGCUUUCAAAGAAAAAUGUCUUAAUCCACAGCUGGUAAAUUCCUGCUUCAGCUUGUACUGUAGGUUUUCAGUUAACUCUUUUCAGGGUGCGGCUUGUUUUAAAUUGAUAAUGCUUAAAUAUGAAUGUCAUUUAUCACACAGAUCCAAGCAACUUCUCUAUUACACUGCAUGGUUACACCUCGUGGUCUCAGACUUUACAUUUUUUGGACCUGGACCAAGUUAUGAUCCUGUCUUCAUCCCAUACUUGUUUUGUCUGACAGAGUUCAUUAGGGUCUAAAUGUGCUUGCAUUUGGGACAGAAUGUCAAAGGAAAUACAUUUUCUCAAAGUUGUGAAUGUUAAAUGUCACAGUCUUACCUUUUUUUUUUUGCACUAAAAGAACAUUUACUUUUUCUCCCUCACUGACACUGAUCUUCAAUCCUAUAAUACAAAACGGUAGCUCAUGAACUGAGUUUACAGAAGGCCGACUGCAAGUGAUGUAACUUUUCUUGCAGAGUGUGAGAAGCAUAGGUCAUUUAGAGAAUACAUACAUUUCUAAUUCUAUCACUUGUGGACUGCCCACUAAAACACUGAGUGGGCUGGAGAAUUGAAACCAUUUAUGUAACCCUUCUUUGCGUGGGCUGAUGGAGAAAUGUUGCUGCACAUAGACCGGUUUUCAAAAUGUAAUAAAAGUAUUCACUUUCAGACUCUCCCAUUCUUGCCUAUUUUUGUUUUAGGAGUGAACUGAAUCAAAAUUGCACGUCCCUUUCAGAUUUAGAUCCUUUUCCUUGCUGUUUCGUUAUAGUAAUGCACUGGGAUGUAAUAAACCUUUUUUGAAAAGCAAAA